AUGCAGAGCAUAGCUCUGAGAAGUUUAGUUGUCUAUUCAACCCAGAGGAGUCGACUUUACACGUUCAUUGGCAGACGAGGUCUCCCUCAGAAGGUCUGCAGCGACAACUCCACCAACUUCCUGAGCGCAGCGAACGUCCUGAAGUACGCAGCGGAGCGGGGCCUCGAAUGGGUGUUCAUUCCACCGAGGGCGACCCAUUUCGGAGGGCAGUGCGAGGCCGCCGUGAAAGCCGCCAAGCAUCGUCUGGUUCGAGGAGUCGGCAACGCCAGACUUACAUACGACGAGCAACGACCCCAACGACGGAAGAUCCGAACACCAGGCCACCUGCUAAUCGGCCAGCCUCUUCUUUCGCUGCCGCAUGAAUCCGUGCUAGACGAAGCCAACAGCAAGGCCAGCUUCGCGUAUUUAAAACGGUCGCGAAUGCUGUUGGCGCUCAAGCAGCAGUUCUGGCGGUCUUGGUCCAGCGGUUACCUAACCACCCUGCAGCAGCGCAAACAAUGGGCCAAGGACGUACCCAAUUUAGAAGUAAGAUGCCUUGUUCUGGUACACGAGGACUAUACACCACCUCAAAAAUGGAUAACCGGGCGCGUGAUGGCAACCACGGUCGGCGAAGACGGUAAAGUGCGCGUGGUGGAGAUUCGCACACCGACCGCAAUCAUCAAGCGGCUAAUAUACAAGGUGGCAGUGCUACCAAUAGCUAUAGUUCACGCAUGCACUUAAAUAACAGACUCUCUUAACAGUCUUAAUUAAUUUAAGAGCACUGUUAAGCGUUGAUCUUGUCGUUGCUCAUCUUUGCAGCAGCAAGCCACUCUUUUUGUAAGCAGGAAUUGUUCUUGAGCUCUGCAGAAAAUCA